CUCCAUCUCUGGAAGCUUGCUAGAUUCUCCACUGCGGAUGAGCAUAUAUUCUCAGAAAGGCAGCUGGUUGGCAUUUUGGAGGAGUAAGCAUGGAAGAAAAUAGAGAGGGCCAUGGUCUUGCAGAAAGCAAGAUUUUGUCAGUCUGGAUGAUUUUGUUUGUGGCGUUAGUUUUGUUGCCUUCGAUGUUCCGAGUGUCACUGGGGAUUUCUCAUUUCUAUGUGAAUAUUGUAAUAAAAAUAUUAGAGUGGGCCACCCUGCAGAUUGAGGAGGGAGUAAAAAAGCAGAAGGCGCUGGCACUUGAAAAUUUAAUCUCCACUGGGAUCAUCCAGAGAGAUGACACCCCCAUGGAAGAGGAGAUUGCUGGCCGGUGCCAAGGGUGCUUCAGCCUUGCUGAUGUUAUGUACUUCUCCAAGAAGGGGUGUGAGGCAGUUGCAGAAGACGAAGUCACUCGACGGUUCUCCUCCGAGGAGCUGGUGUCCUGGAACCUCCUCAGCAGAACCAAUGCCAACUUGCACCGUGUCAGCUGGCAGCUCACUGUUGUGUGGGUCAUUGGGAUCCUAGUUCGGUAUUGUCUCCUGCUGCCUUUUCGCGUCUGCUUGUCUGUUUUCAGCAUCCUGUUGCUGGUGUUGGCCAGUAUGGUAGUAGGACAGUUUCCAAAUGGCAGAGUUAAAGGCUGGCUGAGCAACCAGGUUCAGAUGAUAUGUGCCACACUAGGUGUCCGAUGUCUGAGUGGUCUUGUUCAUUUUCACAACAGGGAAAACAAACCACAGCAAGGAGGCAUCUGUGUAGCCAACCACACAUCUCCAUUAGAUGUCGUAAUCCUGGUCAGCGAUGGAUGCUACUCCUUGGUUGGCCAGGCACACGGAGGGCUUAUAGGACUCAUUCAAAAAUCUUGCAUGCGGACCGGUCAGCAUGUCGUAUUUGAACGUUCGGAAAUGAAAGACCGUCAUCUGGUGAGGAAAAAAAUUAGAGAACACAUUGCAGAUAAGGCCAAAUUACCCAUUUUAAUUUUCCCAGAAGGUACCUGCAUUAACAACACAUCAGUAAUGAUGUUUAAGAAGGGAAGCUUUGAGGUAGGAGGGACCAUCCAUCCAGUAGCAAUCAAGUAUGACCCCCGCUUUGGAGAUGCCUUCUGGAACAGCACAAAGCAUUCUAUGAUGACCUAUGCUUUCAAUCUGUUGACCAGCUGGGCUAUUGUCUGUAACGUAUGGUACCUGCCACCGAUGGUCCAAGAAGAAGAAGAAGAUGCUGUUCACUUUGCCAACAGAGUCAAGGCUGUCAUUGCUGCUCGGGGAGGAAUGUCUGUGCUUCCUUGGGAUGGGGGACUAAAAAGGAAAAAGGUGAAAGAGUCUUUCAAGGAAGAGCAACAGAAAAAAUAUUGCCAGAUAGUAAUAGAAAAUGGAUCUGUGGGAAACGGAAAUGUUUGUUAAACGGUAUUUAUUUUAUCUCAUUUUUCCAUGACUUAUCUCCACCAGAAAAUAGACUGGGUUUUGUAUGAAGCCAAACAUGUUUUCCUUCUGUCCCUGUAAGAUAUUUUGCAUAUGACACAGCAGGGAAACCAUAAAGAGAUAUCCUUAUUUAAUGCAAAAGACUCUAAUUUUAUAAAUAGAAAAAUAUACAAUCUACUAGUAAAAUUCUCUCCGAUGUUGAAUGAGAAAAAUCGGCAAUAAAAUUACUUAGGCUCAUUAAAACACCAUUUUAAAACAUUUACAAUACCUUGAGGACUUAAAUGGUUACCUGUUAGCUUCUAACAAAACAACUCUGUAGUCCUAGCCUGCUGUCUCAGUGACUUGGACUAGCAGUGUUCCUGUCAGCCACAGUAAUCAUGUUGCUGUGGAGAGCUCCUCACAUAGGAGAUUAGGCAGUUCACCAAAAUAUGUUUUCCAAUUUGUGUGUUGAAGAGGAAGUGCUGGAUGUCAGAGGGGAAAAAAAAACACGUGCUGACUUUCCCCUCCAUGUCACAAGAAAAGAGGGACAGCAAUGUAGAAAGUUUUCUGUUCUGACAAAGAGCACAACAGUGUCCAGGGCAGCAUGCCCCUAAUGCCUGGGUGUGUGAUGCUGAGGUAAAUUAGUCACAGCCAAGGACAGUGUCAAAGAAAAUAUAUUGUGGUUUUAAAUUACAUUUUAUCUUCUAGUUUUGUUAUGUCCCUUUCUGUGUCUGCUUGUAUGCAUUACACAAAUUAAAGAAAACAUUUGA